AAAAUGUAUAACAUAAUAAAGUUUGAAUUCAAAACCGGGUUAAAAAUUUCCGAUUAUCCCCCAAAUCAGUGCUGUACAGCGAAGAACAGCGACAGCUGUUCUGUUAGUCAUCAAUAUGUUGUUGUUGAAUAAGCUUCCUAGGAUAACGCAACUGCUGACAAAGGACCCAUUUGAUCAACGGAAUAUAUGGGGUUAUGUGGCCAUCGCCUUCAACCAAGUGGAUGCGGAUCGGCUGGCGAAAGUGGGCGCAAACCGCCUGUGCGCAGAGUGGAUCGUAAAAAACGGAGGCGGAGUGCGCCUAGUGGAUAAUCCUUCAAGGCUUUGGAAGGAUUACAAUUCUCUGCCGGGGGAAAAUACUGAGUUUUGCAUAAAGGUAGUGGACGCCUCGAACUCCUCGAUCAUGAAGAUAGGACUGGAACAUUUGAAGGGUUGCAGGAGCAUUGACACGGUCAUCUUUCAUAACUGCAAGCACUUGGAAAACGACGGCUUGGAAGGACUGCACCACAUCAACGGCACACUGGAGCGAUUGCAGGUUUCCGGCUGCUACAACAUCACCGAUUCCGGUCUCGAGGUCAUUGGGGACCUGAAGAACUUGCGACAACUUCUCAUCUUUGACAUGAUAUUCGUGAAGAACAUGGAAGCAGUGGCCGCUAAUUUGAAGAAACAGCUUCCAAGCUGCGAUAUCAAGGCCACCAAACUCGGCGUUACGUUGAAGCCCAAAAAGUGAUACAUACAGCUGAUGAUUUGUUGUUUAGGUCCGGCUUGUAAAUAAAAAUAAAAAGUGUUGGAAAAGGCAACGAGUUGUCAAUUUUCUGCACAGUGAAUUAAA